AUGGUGAAUUUCGAUUUAGGUCAGGUUGGAGAAGUAUUCCGCAGGAAGGACAAAGGAGCCGUGGUUUCCGGCGACAACCCAGAAGAAGAAGAAGAUGUCGACGCUUCCGAAUUUGAAGAGGAUGAAGUAAAGCCUGUGCAUACAAAGAGCAGAAGGCCUAAAGAGGAUGCAUUUACACAACAGAGGUUGGCGGCUAUUAACCCGGUGUUAACGCCGAGAACGGUCUUGCCUCUUUAUCUGUUGAUUGCUGUUGUGUUUGUUAUUGCCGGAGGGUGCAUAUUAGCACAAAAUUCCAAAAUAGACGAGGUAACCAUAUAUUACCAGGACUGUAUGAAGAACGCGACCUCAUCAUGGAGUGAUAUGUCAUCUGAAUACUGGCAAUUGGCCUUCCACAAAAAUAAGACGUAUAACGUUGCACCACAAUGGAGAUUUGUGGAUGAUGAAUUGGAUGACUUCACAGAGCAAAGAGGAACGUGCCAGAUCAGGUUCAAUACGCCAACUGACAUGAAGAAAAAUGUAUACCUGAAUUAUGUGCUGGAAAAUUUCGCUGCUAAUCACAGAAGAUAUGUGCUGUCCUUUAGUGAAGAUCAGGUACGUGGGGAAGACGCUUCUUAUGAGACGGUGCAUGAUGCAACCGGUAUAAACUGUAAGCCAUUAUCCAAGAGCCCUGACGGUAAGAUAUAUUAUCCAUGUGGGCUAAUCGCGAACUCGAUGUUCAACGACACGUUUCCUUCACAACUAGUCAAUGUGGCAGAUACUUCUAAGAACUAUUCGUUGACAAAUAAGGGAAUUAAUUGGGAGUCUGAUAAAAAAAGGUUUAAGAAAACCAAGUACAAUUACACAGAAAUCGCGCCACCACCAUACUGGGAAAGGAUGUACCCUGACGGAUACAACGAGACGAACGUUCCCGACAUCCAGGACUGGGAAGAGUUUCAAAACUGGAUGAGGCCAGGCGCGUUUGAUAGGAUUACCAAACUGAUCAGAAUCAAUAAGGACGAGAAUUUGCCGGCAGGCCAGUACCAGCUGGAUAUUGGUCUGCAUUGGCCAGUACUGGAAUUCAAUGGUAAGAAGGGUAUCUAUUUGACCCACGCCUCCCACCUUGGCGGCAAGAAUCCAUUUUUGGGUAUAGUUUAUCUGAUUGGUGGCUGCAUUUGUGCUGCCAUGGCAUUGAUAUUACUAGCAUUUUGGUUAUUUGGUGGCAGAAGGAUUGCUGAUGCGUCGAGUUUAUCAUGGAACUUGAAAUAA